GGCAACUAUUCGGCGGAAGUGAAUGUUAAUUGAAAUUGUGCAGAAAUUCUUUGUUUCAGGAAAUGAUUUAUAGUUGUUUACAAUGCCGAUUGGUUGAUGUGAUUUGGUUGUCAUGAAAGAAUAGGGUACAGAGUCGACGUAGGUAGCAUUAUUUAGAAGUUUAAACAUGGCUCAAGCAAAUCUCCAGAUGUACACACUAGAAAACAGGAAUGUCCUGAAAAAGCUUGCAGUAAUGCGGAACACUGGGCAAUUAUGUGAUCUACGAUUCCUGUUCCCAGAUGGGAGUCAAAUCCUUGCUCAUAAAGCAAUUGUAUGUCAGUAUAGUAGUUUCAUAGCCGCAAGAUGUGUCGAUAUUGACCAGCAUUUAUUAACAAUAAUCUCAACUGAGAUCGAUGAUGAACAAGAGAUUGAAUCCCAGAGCUUGGACAUAAUCCUGGAUUAUAUAUAUGGCCUGAGUGUACAAAUUCGUCAAGGUGAAAUCAAAGAAGUAAUGAGGCUUGCAAUAAAGCUAAAUAUCCCAGAAUUUUUGACUGACUGUGAUCAGAUGCUAUUUGAGAAUAAACCUGAUAGCAUGCAUUCUAUUAAACAAGAACAAUCUACAGUUGGGUAUGACCAACACCGGGCCACAUAUGAUCAACAACGAACUGAGUAUGACCAACAAUCUUCUGCUUAUGAUCAGCACAGUACAAGCUAUGAAGGACAAGUAUCAGAUUAUGAGGCUGCUAAUCAAAGUAUUGCUACCCCAAGCACCAGCUUUCAAGAAUCCCCCUACACCAGUUUUGAUCCCUCUAACAUUGAACAGAUGAAGUCUGAAUCUGGAAGCAUGAAGAGAAAGGGUGAUGCAGCUGAAAGUAAGGAUGGAGAUUGGAAGAAAGCAAAGGAAGAGGUUGGAGCUAAAUAUGAGCCACAGUCAGGAUCAGAUGAUGAUGAACAUGACAAUAUUGAAGAAGACAAUGAUGAUUUUGAUGGAGAUACAGAUGAAUAUGAAGCAGAAAGAAUUGUUGGUGCUAAACAGGAAGAGGUCAGACCAGAAGCUGAUGAUGGUGAAGUUGAUGUUGAUCAGAAGGCAAAGGAGGCGGAAGUAGGGGUGAUCACCAUCAAGAAGAAGAAAAAGAAAAAAAAGAAGCCAAAAAUUAAACCUGAAGAAGAGACUCCUAAACCAAAAGAGAAAAGAAGGCAUGUGAGAUCAAUUCCUGAUGCACUGAUCUGCAAGGACUGUGACACAAAAUUUGAAACAUACGCAAUAGCUGCAGAGCACCAAAAGACAAUACAUAAUGUAAUAGUAUGCGACAUCUGUGCUAAGAAAUUUGAAAAUGAGGCGGACUUACGGCGACAUAAUGUGCUGCAUGCUGAUGGAAUACUAGUAAUAAACAAUGAGGGUUUGCCGGUUUAUAAGUGCACACUGUGCCCAAGUGAAUUCCCUGCCUUGCUGCAUCUGAAAACCCAUUCCAGAGAUAUGCAUCAAAUUGAAGUGUUUCAGUGUCAACUGUGUGGUUAUCAUAGUAAGGAGUUUAGGAUGUAUACAAACCAUUAUCUGAGGAUACACACUGACUUAGAUUGGCAGGGAAUGCAAGAAAAAUUAAAGAAGCAUAAAUGUUCAAUUUGUGACAAAUCCUUUCUGAAACCGUACAUGUUGAAGUGUCAUAUCUCACAGAGUCAUUUAAAGGAGCCUGCGUACAAAUGUGGCACAUAUGGAACACUCUACGUGAACAAUGCCGGCAAGCUGGUCUUUCGGUGUGCAGUUUGUCCAGAGGAAUUCCCCGUUUUGCCAAGACUGAAAAACCAUUCAAGAGACA